AUGCAAACCGUUUCAGGUUCAUCUCUUAGUGAGGUUUCUGGAAAGUUCGAAAACGAUUUCUUCGCGAAACUGAAAAUCGAAGACGAAGUUAAGCAAGAAAAAUAUGAGGUAAACGAAGAGGAUGAUGAUGAAGAGUUUACUUUCGUUUUCGCAGAUCCUAACGGCUCGCCGAUUUCCGCUGAUGAUGUGUUUGAUAAAGGUCAGAUUCGUCCUAUUUUUCCUAUAUUCGGUCAGGAUCUUCAUUUCACCGACGAUUACGAUAGUGAAUCUGGAAACCGUUCGCCGGUGAGGAAGAUUUUCCUUGAAUCGCCAUCUUCCUCCGGGAAAGCAACAUCGUCGUCGACUUCUGCGGCGGUGGAAGAAGGGACGUACUGCGAGUGGAAUCCGAAAGUAGCGAAGAAGAGCAACUCGACGGGAUCAUCGAAGCUAUGGAAGUUACGCGAUCCGAAGCUGAGAAGUAACAGUGACGGUAAAGAUGCUUUUGUGUUUUUGAAUCCGGCGAAGGUGGAGAAAGCGAGUUCCGGCGAGAAAAACGUCGUGGUAAGGAAGGUGAAAGUGGCUAAGGGGAAACCGGCGCCGUCGGCGCAUGAGAAACAUUAUAUGAUGAGUAAAGCUAGGAAGGAAAGUGAUAAACGGAAGUCUUACUUGCCGUAUAGGCAAGAGUUGUUUGGGUUCUUUUCGAGUACUAAUGGAUUGGGAUUGAGUAGGAAUGUUCAUCCUUAUUGA